AGGGAGAAGUGUAUUUUUUUUUCACUUACAUUGGUAAUUUUACUGAAUGCAGAGGUGCCUGAAGGAUACCAGAUUGUGGUGACUGAUGAAGGUCAUUAAAAGUAGAUUAAUACUGAAGAGUUGCCUUUCCAUUUUGUUAUAUAACUGAUCAGAACUCUGGCUGUGCAUCAUGAUCCCAUUAUGAGCUGGAUCCAGUAGUUCAUUUAAAUGCAAUUCCCUAAAUGAUCAGCAUCAGAGGAAAAGUACCUGUUGUAAUUGCAUUCUCUUAUCUUGGUGACAUAAGUAUGCCCAGCUACCUAAAGUGGUUUCUAUUACAGUCUUUUAUAAUCUGCUCUCCCCAGUCAUUGACCAGCAUUGUCAGAGGGAUCUGUUAGCCUUCAACACAGGAAAUGGUAAACAAUCUGAAACAGUUCAGAUUCGUGCUUGAAAUGUGACAGUGCUUUAAUACAGCAUGCAGGUUCUCGGGUUGAUUAGAAAUGUACUUGUUAAAGAAGAUAAUCCUGGCCACAAGGAACUGGCACUAUGACGUAAGCUAUGCAUCUGUGCUAAAACUUAAGACAUACAUGAAUAUUCUUAUAUUCAAGGGAAUGUUUCACCAAAUUGAGUUUGAUGUGACAUUUCUCUAGACAAACAAGUAAAAUUUGCUCUUAAAAAUAUUCAGAAUUGAUGUAUACAUAGAAUGUAAAAAGCCUUUUACAGUAAAGUCAGCCUAGCAGAUGAAACCUUAUUUCAUAUUUUUAAAGCUCAAUCCAGUUGUGCAUAUCCAUUCAAUAAAUGGCACUAAUAAUAAACUGAGAUUCUAAUUCUGCUCUUCACAUAUGCUUUGAAAUAAAUUCCUUGUACUAACUGAUGAACACCCAUUUUUUAGCUAAAAGAAUAGUACAUGGUCAUCUAAUUGUAAAGUGUGAAGUCAAGGUUUGUAUGUCAGCCCACCCAGGUCAUCUCGUUAAAACUGGAUACUUGUUCUGACAUCUUGAACCUGUCUUUCUCUCUCAUUUUUAGCUGAGUAAUGUCAAUAACCGAAUACCUCCAUGACAUAACAUUUUUCAUCAGUUCAAGUUUUAUAACCACACAGCAUUGGCCAAUGCUACAACGAUCCCUGGUUUGACAGCACUUUCUACUCAUAAUAUCUCAGCACAAAAAAUUACGUCCUUACUUAGUGUUAUGCCAGAAAGGAUAAAAUAAGAUGAGUGGGCCUAUUGGCAACCAGCAAACAUGCUUUUUUUGGAACACUAACUCAGACAUCUUCAAGCUUGUAGAAUUUUGUUCAGAGAAAGGAUUGUAAUAUCAGUUGAGCUAUAAAAUGUUGGCCAUGUGUAAAAUUCUCUACUACUCAACCUACUUCAAAUAAGUGUGCCUAAGUCAUAUCGUCCUUAAAGAGAUUGCCAAGUAGCUCCAAACCUUCACAAUGACUGCUGUAACAGAUUGUGCCUUUCAGCUUCCCUGAGCAACCAUGUUGUCUUACUCAUUCUGCAUGAUUGCAGCAGCAGUUGCUUUAUUAAUGCCUUGCCACGCACAAAACUGUGCAGGAGCUCCUGAGCUACCCAGUAUCCCUGGAGUUAGUGGACUGCCUGGUCUGGGAGGUCUCAACAGAUACUUUGGAGGUCUAUUCCAGCCUUACAGAAAAGAGAAACUUCCUGAACGUCAGUGGUUACAAAGACAGCAAGAUCUGUCUACUUCUUUUGACGAUGAACUCCGCAAUGUUUUACUGAAUCUAAGACAACGACUAUUCCAGCUUGAAGGAGUGCUUGCUUUGAAUGGGAAAAUAACAAAAGUAGGAGAGAAAAUAUUUGCCAGCAAUGGAAAGGAAGUCAAUUUUUCAUCUGCCCUAGAAUCCUGUGAAGAGACUGGAGGAACUCUUGCAACUCCCAUGAAUGAGGAGGAGAAUAAAGCUAUUAUGGGCAUUGUGAAACAGUAUAACCGAUACGCUUACUUGGGUAUUAAAGAGAGUGACACUGCAGGUCAAUUUAAGUACAUGAAUGGCCAACCUCUGAAUUAUACCAACUGGCAACAGUAUGAGCCUAAUGGCAAAGGGACAGAAAAAUGUGUAGAGAUGUACACUGAUGGAAACUGGAAAGACAGAAAAUGCAACCUGUACCGCCUCACAAUCUGUGAAUAUUAGAGAAUAACCUUUCAGGCACCUGAGAACGAACGUGGAGACCAUGAAAUACCCUGUGUUUCAUUCAGACUGAUGCAAUUUCUGCAAUUAUUUUAUGUCAGAAAAUCUAAAAUGAAUCAUAUUACUAGAUAUUUUUAUGCUUAAGAAAAUGCCAAAUAUAGAAGGUGAUUAACUUACUUAAUUAAAAUGUGCUUAAUCUGAUAUACUUGUCUCUCUUUUUGGAGAGCUGAGAGCUCAGAAUUCACUGGUCGCAACAGACUGUCUCUCUCCACUAGGUCUACAUGAAAAUUAGAGGAAAAUUCCAAGGACAGGGUUUGGAUAUCGGAAAAAAACUGAAGAUAAAAUUACCUUUGAUUGAAAACACUGUGAAAACAUAGUGAAAACAUUUCCACGUAUUUCAUAAAUAGCCUUACAGAUCAUGAAUAGAUUUCACUGGACCAAUGAAGGUCUUUGGACUUGAGUAUCUCCUAGAACAAUAAGGCUCUCCUAAAAGCCUUAAGUGACGUGUGUCAUAGUGAAGCAUGUAUUAAUACAUUUAGCGUCCAUAUUUAACCAUCUUUAUAAAAAUACUAACAGUACUGGUAGCAGUUAAUUUUCUUAGUUAAUCAGAAACCACUCUCUGUAAAAUACUGAUAAACAUUGCCUUUGAUUUAUGUAAACGUAUAAAAAGGUACGUAAAACACUAAAAUUGCAUUUUUUUCCUAAAACAUCACAUUCUCUCAUAAAAUUAUGACCAUUGUUGUGUUAAAAGGCCACUUGUCGUCUCCCACAUAACUGAUCAAGCAUAUACUAUUUGAGGGGAGCAGGUAGAAGUUCAAUCAAUUCAAACACAAACUACAUCUCUAUUGAUGUCGUGCCAAUAAACCACAAAGACCACGAUUCAAAUCUCCUAGUAUCGAGAAGGAUUUUUUCAGAAAGUGCUUUUCCUGCCUCUCAGUUUCAGUAGCAGGCUGGGACAGUAAGAAC